AUAAGAUGUCGUCAUACAGAUUAAGUUAAUGAAAUGUCCCAUUAUCUCUAUUACCGUUCCUUUCCAAAACUGCUGUCAAGGAACUCGGAUGUGAACUACUUAUCAAUAAUGAAACUCGCCGUAAUCUCUUUAAUCCUACUUACAGUCCAGGUUUUUUGCAAAGAAGAUUUAAAACAGCACGCCGAUCUUUGCAUUAAAAUUAACAAUUUGGAUGGACGUGAAAUUUUUGAGAUUCACAACAGCGAAAACGUAGAUAAAAAUCAUAGAGGAUAUCAGGUGUUUAUCGAGUGCUUUUGGAAAUCGAUCGGGUUUUUAGAUCAAAAUGGUAAUCUGCAGCAUUCUGCCAUUUGGUUAUCGUACUACAACGCGUACAGAAAUAGAUACAGCGAAGUUAAAAGUAAGGAAAUGGCGGAUAAUAUUUUGAAAAAAUGUGGACUAGUAAAUGGCGCGUCGGCUGCUUUGAGAGCAAUUAAUAUGAGUAUUUGCUUAACAUCUUAGUUCCUUCACGAAGAUGAUGCAAAUCGAAAAGGUCAGCGAUAAUAGUCAUUUCUACAUAGUGAAUCGAGAUAAUCGCAAUAAGUGUAAAUUAUGUAGAUAUAGGGUGACUAAAAACAAUAAAUUGCCUGUGAAAAUGGCCCAAGUUUUA